AUGUGGGACGUGUUUGGACAAGGUAUUUUUAUGACAGACGGUACGGUGUGGAAGAGAUCUCGACAUGCUAUUUCGACCAUAUUUACCAACAAAACCUUCAAGAAUAUUAUUGAGCCACACACAGAGAAAAGCUUGGAUGGGCUCACGAAAGAGUUACAAGCAGCUGCUGAAGAAAAUGGCAGUAUCGAUUUUUGCCAUCUUUUUCAUCGUUUUACAUUGGACUCAUUUGUUGGCAUGACAUUUGGGAAGGAUUUGGGCAUUGUUGGCACCGAAUACAGCGAUCAAUCGGGAUUAGGACCUGCUAAGGCUACCUACUCAGCCACCUCGUUUGUCAAGGCGUUUGAUUUCGCACAAGAUCAGAUGGAUUUUAGGAUGGCUGUUUUGUCCGGAUGGAAGCUGAUGGAAGCGCUUAAUGGCUCAGGAGAGCAGAUGAAAAGGUCAUGUCGCGUGAUCGACGAUUUUGCUUACUCCUUGAUUGAUGAGCGAAUGUCUCAAUCAUCUCACAAAGUUUCUUCUGAAGAUGAAGAGUCAUCGUCAAAAGACCUCUUGGCACUCUUCAUGAAUGCUCGUGACGAGCGCGGAGGUGGAUUGGGUCGUAUCGAAUUGAGGGAUACUGCAAUGAAUCUAAUCUUUGCUGGUCGGGAUACCACCGCGCAAACAUUAUCAUGGGCAUUUUUUCAUUUAUUAAUGAACAAGGGUCUGAUUUCGAAAGUGCGAGAGGAAGGAAACGAUAUUUUGGGCGAGGGAGAAGGCAGUCGAAGAGGAGUAACAUACGCCAAUCAUAAGAAAUUUCUUUGGUCUCAUGCAGUUGUGCUCGAAACCCUCAGGUUACAUCCAAGUGUUCCAAAGAAUGGUAAGAUUGCUCUGUCAGAUGAUAAAAUUCCUGGAGGACCACUUAUUCAGGCCGGCGACAUGGUUCGAUGGAGUGAUUGGAAAAUGGGUCGAGAUGCUGGAAUCUGGGGGCCUGAUUGCGCAGAAUUCAAGCCCGAUCGUUGGAUUGAUGAGAAGGGUAGCAUGAAGCAAUUCGGACAGUUCAAAUUUCACGCUUUCAACGGUGGACCAAGAAUUUGUUUAGGGAUGAAUCUUGCGAUUUUUGAAGCUGUAAAAGUGAUUGUUGAAGUUUUUAGAAGCUUCGAGUUGGAAUUCGCCGCUGGGUGGUUAGAAAAUGUUCCAAAAAGCGAGUUCAUAGAGGGCAUCGCUGGUUCUUAUAGGGUUCCAAAGUACAAGGCUUCCAUCACUUUACCAAUGGAAAAUCCUAUGAUGAUUUCUGUGAGGAAUUAUGGGGCUUGA